AUGUCGUUCGCCCCGCCUUCCGGGCCUCCCCCGCCCUCAGUACCCGAGGGAUGGAAACCGCAGUACGAUGAGAGAUAUCACGCAUGGUUCUAUGUGAACCUCGCCACCGGCAAAUCGCAAUGGGAGAAACCCGAGACUGCCGCCCAGCGCGAUGAUGACAACCUCCCACCUAAUUCCCCCCCACCAUCAUACAACAAUGACGGACCCGGUGACCCAGCUGCAAUCGCCAGUGCCGGAGACAAGAAGCAGAAUAUGGGCUCAAACAACCCCUACAACCCGGUGAAUACCGGACCGAGCAGCAACAGCCCCAGCAUAGACGAAGACGCCCGACUUGCCGCCAAGCUACAGGCCGAGGAAGAUGCCCGGGGUGGCACACGAGGCGCUAGAGCCCCCGGUGCAUCGACAGACUAUUACAACGACCAAUCACAGCCGCAAUCAACUGGCCCGAGCGGGUACGCACCGGGACCGUCGUCACAAAGUCCGAUGCCAGAACCGGAACAGAAACGCAGCAAGGGUGGCUUUUUGAGCAAGCUGAUGGGCAAGAGUUCGAGCAGUCGGCCGCAGCGGCCUCAACAGCAGUACGCCUCGUAUUCCCAGCGACCUCCCCAACUGGGUGGAUACUACGGUGGCUAUCCUCAGCAACAGCCUGGGUAUGGCUACCCGCAGCAAGGAUAUGGAGGGUACCCGCCGCAGGGUGGAGGUGGAUACUAUCAGCAGCAACCGCCUCGCAAGCAAGGAGGAGGCAUGGGAACUGCCGGUGCGGCAGCUCUUGGUGUCGGUGGUGGUUUGCUCGGUGGCAUGUUGAUUGCUGAUGCCAUAGAUGAUCACCAAGAUUAUGACAAUGAUUAUGGCAACAAUGACUAUGGCGGCGGUGGUGAUGACUUCGGAGGAGGUGACUUCUAA